AUGCCAGUCCACUCAGCUGAAGAGACCACCACCGGCAGCAUCACCGACAAGGUAGCCAAGGAGUCCAAGGACUCCAACGCAUCCUCCCACGAGCUUCACAAUGAGGACAACCAGGCCACAAGCGGAGGAUCUGUUGCCGCCAACGCUCACAGGGCCAACCCGGGCCCUGUCCACGCAGACAACCUGCCUGAGGCGGCAAGCAAGGAGGAGCUCAAGAAGCGGGCUGAGGAGCUGAACAAGUAAGCGACUGCGAUUAUGUAGGGAGACCAGACGUUGAACAGUGCCAUCAGGCCCACGUCUUCGAAGAUAUAA